AGCGCAAGGGCGGAGACGUCAAUCAUACCCAGCACUGCUUCCGUAGAAUCAACUCGUGCCCAAGCGUGGCUGUCGCUGCCGUGCUGGAAGCCAGCUCUUUCGUCUGUGUUGUGCGUUGUUAUUCGAAGCGGCGCUGCCGUCGUCAUUUUGCGUCUUCGACCUCCAGCUCGGGGUCUUGUUGUCUUCUGCGCUUGGUCCCCCUGAUCAUCAAAACAGGGUUUUUUCCCCUUUCUGGGAAGUGCAGCUUUCGCCGUAGACAAAUCGGCAAAGCAGAUCCUUUUUUUUUUAAAAAACUUCUUUUAGCUUCUUUUGCUAUUCUCCAAGAGAGAGAGAAGGUGGUGCCCUCUUCACCAAGGUCUGAACGUUGCGGACUGAUUGCCUCCUUCGUGCUUUGUCUCUUCUCUUUGAUUCAUCAUAUUCGCUUGUCUCUCUCUGUCUCUCUCUUUCAGAUGUUCGCGGCGCUGUCGUGGCUGCUUGAUGUUAAUCUCGUACCCAGCUCGAGCUCCUCGGAGGCGGACUCCGUCAGCUACCAGCGCAGCAGCAGCAGCAGCAGCAGCCGUAGUAACGCAGACACCAAUGCCACCGAUGUGCCUCAAGCCGUCAUCCCGCCGACCACCUUCACUGAUGCACGCGGAGAAGCGGUAGCGGAGCUCCAAGUCAGCUCCGCCACUGCAGCAGCGAACAACAGCGUGUUGCAGGGUCUGCCCUCCGCCGCACGCAGUUCGCAUCGCGACGCGCAGCGCGAGAACGCUCUCUUUGCCGACCUGCACGCGCAGGGCUCGGCCUUUUUCGCAAGUGCGGACCCGCGCGAGGAGGAGUUGGCGUACUCGGCUGCGUCGCUGCAGACAGCGCCGGUGUGGGCCGCGAGCACCUACACCAGCGAAACGGUGAGCAUCUCACCUCUGCCGUCGCCGGCGUACGGGCAAGCGCCGACGGACCCGUCGGCUGCGUUUUACUCCCUGGCCGCGCACGGCGGGACGGCUGUCGUGCCGCCGACGUCUGGCGUCUCCACCGCAGCAGGGCGGACGCUGUGGGCGAGCGAUGGCGUGGUGCUGACUGCGUGCUUCCCGUUUUCCGCCGAAGCGGCGUCGGGCAACGCGAAGGGUGGGGGAGAGGCAGCAAACAGCAACGGCGCCCCUGCGGCGACGGCUGCGUUUGCGCAGGGCGGUCAGCGGGAGAAGAAGCAGAAGGCACGGGCUGCUGCUGCGGCGCCGGUUGUGGUGGUGGAGGCCAUACGAGGCCUUUCGGGGUCUGUGGGUCCGCGGAACGAGACCCCAUCGGCGCUUUCUGUGAUAGUGCAAUCGAGUAACGGUGUGCUGCACACCACCACCACCACGAUGUCCACGGCAGAGAGAGCCCGGGUGACCCCCGAAUCACGCAUUCUCGAGUGGGAUCAAGAAGUGCGUGAGCGGCGCCAUCUGAUCGAGCAUGACACCAUCCGUGCGGACAUGACAAGGCUUGCUGUCACGACUGCCGAGCUUUCCGGAGGGGAAGAAGAAGCGGCGCAGUGUGAUGUGUCGUCCUCGCAGCUGGUGCCGCACCCGAUCAAGGCGACGCUGAUGCUACCGGCAGAGGACCCGACGUUGAGCCUUUCGCUGCUCUCGCCCUCGCCGGCGGAGCACGUGGUGAAGCUGCACCCCUCCAAUCCAUUUCUCCUGUCCACCGGCACGACGGAGACGGCGCUGCCGCCACCUGCGGCGACGCAACGCCCCAUCGGCAUGUCCCACGUCCCGCCCACAACCACGACAACGGCGAUGAUGACAGCGGCAGCAGCAGCAGAAAAAGAAGACAAGUACGAAGUGGGCUUUGUCAGCAACAAGGACCAACAGAGCGGGCUGGCCCCGCCUUCUUUCAUUUCCGCCGCCGCGUCUUCUUCUUCGCCACCACCCGCAUCCGCGCCGAUGGCGCACGAUACAAGUGAAGAUUCGGUGUUGGUUGUCUCCCUGACGGAGAUGGGUGGCCCAUCUGUGGCGGGCGGCGGCGACCCCCACGCCUUCAUGGAACGGGCGCUGCGGCAGCGCACGGAGGAGCUGCUAGGCAACGACGACGCUCACACCCAAAGGUGCAGCCGCGACCGCAGCGCUACGCGACCGCGGCAACAGCGGUUGUCUUCUUUCGCCCCCACAAGGGCAGACGAAACGGAGAAGUUGAAUCCUGCGGCGGCGCGGCGGUGUGCUGCGCAUGGGGAGGCGGUGGUGGAGCUAGGAAACGGGCUGGUGACGCUCACGGCGGUGGGGGAGAAGGACGCGGGGCAGACGCCGUCGCGUGCUGUGCCGGCCUCCUCGGCAGCGCUGACCAAUAAACCCGUCUUCGACUUUUCGUAG